GCACACUUGCCACAAAAACAGCAAUCAGCGCUCGAUGCAGAAUUAAACAAAGAGUAAUUUUGUAUUUAGAGCCUGGCACGGGCUAAGAACAAUCAAAAUGUGGAUUCAGCCCAAGGAGCUGCUGCUUCCCUCGGCAUUUUGGAUUGCCGAGAUGCACUCGAGAUACUUUGUCCUGCAGAAGAGACGUGGCCAUGGGGAAUCACGCGGAUUCGGUUCCAUGUUGGUGGGCACCUACGACAGCGUGAUGAACACCAAACCGGCACCCUAUCGCAUCCUCCACCAGACGCCCUCGUCGGAGGUGUCUUACGAAAUCGCCAUUGGCAUUACCCAGGAUGAGAUUGUUAAGGAUUGGGAAUGGCUGAAAGCUAAUCUCUUUAAAGUGCUGGACGAGAUGGAGAACGAGGACGAGGUGACCAACUUUACCAUAUGCAAGAUCCAAUCUUUGUACACGCAAAACAAUCAAGAUGACACUGGCGAAUCGGCCGAUUUCAAGGUUAUGAAAUCAAAGUUUAGACAGAUUUUCAAAAUGCCCGAGGAAGAGCGAUUAGUUAUCUCUUAUUCGGCCACUUAUGUAAAAAACAAGAUACCAAGGCAGGGUCAGCUAUACAUUUCGCUAAACCACGUCUGCUUUUACUCCUACAUGCUGGGUCAAGAGAUCAAGCGUAUUAUACGCUUCGCAGAGCUGGAAGACAUCAGCCGAAAUGCGAAUACCAUCUAUCUAAAAACCACCAAUAACAUGACCUACAACUUUACAAUGCUCUUCAACGCCAGCGAUGCACACUUAUUGAUUGAGCAGCUCAACAAAAUGGCCAUACAGCAGCUAAUCCAUGAUCCAGAUAGUCCUGUGGUCGACCACGAUACUUCUAAUUUCUCACGGUUGGGUUCCAAAACGUCCAAGAAACCAGUUCUACUGCGGGAUUUGACAGCUCGCCAAAAGUCCGAGGAGUUUCGUAUUUACUUUCGAUUGCCACAAUCGGAAAUAAUUGACGGAAAGAUUAAGGCCAAUAUCUGGACACCUUACUCAAAACGAUUUAAUUCGGGCUUUAUCUACUUAUCGCCGAAUUUCUUUUGUUUUCGUAGCGAUGUAAAGGAUUUGGUCAGCGUGGUUAUACCCAUGAAGACCAUAAAGAGCGUUGAAAAGAAGGAUGAUGGCCAGCAACGUUUCGAAAACCAAAUUGUAAUUAUAACAUCGGAGAAUGUGCCUUUCAUGUUUGCUCAUAUCGUGGACAGAGCUGUGUUGAUCUCCAAGAUCACAGACCUUCUGGCUCGAGUUCAUGUUCCUUUGAGUCGCGAACGCGCUAAGUACGACAUUUCGUGGAGCAAGCAGACCGCUCUGAUGAACACAUUCAAGACACAGUUCAGCGCAGAGAUCAUACAGAAGCAGGAGGAAAAGAUGGUGCGCUGGGAGGCGCAUUUCCGGGACUUCGGACGGGGCAUUGGAAUGUUCCGCACAACGGACGUGAUAAAUCUAAUAGUGGAGGGUAUUCCUGACAAACUGCGCCAGGAGAUCUGGCUGAUAUUCUCGGGGGCAAUCCACGACAAGGAGAUGAAUCCCGGACUGUACGAGGAUCUCGUAGAGAAGGCGGCUUGCAUAAAGAACUGCUUUGCCCACGAUGAAAUUGAUCGGGACUUGCCGCGUUCGCUGCCCGAGCAUCCGGCAUUUCAAAGCACCGAUGGCAUAGGUGCUCUGCGGAGAGUCCUUCAGGCCUAUGCGCUGCGGAAUCCACAAGUGGGCUACUGUCAGGCCAUGAAUAUUGUGUCGUCGGUGUUCCUGCUCUUCUGUGAUGAGGAGAACGCAUUCUGGAUGCUGGCCAGCCUGUGCGAGAACUUACUACCGGACUACUACAAGGAUAAAGUGGUGGGCGCCCAAAUCGAUCAGGGUGUGCUUAAUGAGCUAGUGGAGACGCAUUUGCCUGAUUUGCACGGCCAUCUGGAGCAGUUGGGUGUGAUUAAGAUGAUUUCCAUUUCCUGGUUCCUUACCAUCUUCAUGAGCGUGAUCAGCUACGAGAGCUCGCUGCACAUCCUGGACUGCUUCUUCUACGAGGGCGCCAAGAUCAUUUUUAUGAUUUCACUGCAGAUCAUUGAAUGGAACAGGGACAAACUGUUGAUCUGCCAAGAUGAUGGCGAAGCCAUGCUAGUUUUGCAGAACUACCUGGAGGGAGUCUACAAUCCAGAGUACCAGGUGCCUCCUACGACGGACAAACGGAAGAUGGAGCGUAAAGUCCAAACACAAACAGUUCAGACCCUGAUCCAUGAGGCAUACACAAAGUUCGGUGAGGAUAUCACACAGCAGCGCAUCGAGGAGUUACGCAACAAGCAUCGCCGGUUAACGAUGCGACAGUUCGAUAUCGACAACGAGAAGACCAUUGUCAAGGCUUACGUCCAGAAUCCGUAUUUCAACCGCAGUGAACUGCAUAUGCUGCUCACUAUCAUCCGGGAGGAAAAGCACGCCCUUAAAUCCCUGCAACAGCAGCAGCAGAAGGUUCAAUGCCCGUUGUCUGAGACUCCCCAGCUGGUCCCUCAGUCGACAAGCAGACCGAUCCAAGAUGCCGGCGCCUCCGGAGGCAGAUACGAGGCUUACAGUGUCAGCUAUGAGGUAUUCCACACACUUUUUACGGAACUGACACCCUGGCGUAAGUGCGUCAGCGUGGACAUUGGCGAAAAAUUGUUUAGGCUUACUGAUAAGAAGGGAACUGGUGUUCUCGACUUCGGACAGCUCAUCAAUGCAUUGGGCCUGGUCUGUUCCAACAAGAACAUGGAGAAGCUGAAACUCCUCUACGUUUUACAUCUUCCGCCCCUAUUGUCCAAAGCGGAGAUUGAACGAUCACGUCGCCCGCGCCCACGCACAAAAGAUGAUGCCGAGGAGGCUUUCGAGGCGGAGGAUUUCUUUGAUAAUGACGCCUCCGAGUCGAUGGAAGCGUUGCCCUCGCCCUCGGAUCACAAUUUUGAUGCCGAUGACUUUGCCCUGAUUAGUGCCACCCAGCAUCUGCACAACCUGGCCGGAAUCUCGGGAAACACAUUUAUGGACCUGUCACGCACUCCCAAUCUGUCGGUGAACUCUAACACCUCCUCGUUGGCGCAUCGCAGCUCAACCUUCUAUGUGGACCUGCCGGGAUUCCAGGAUCUGGGAGCGGCACGCAUUACGCCGCCCGAAGCGGGAGUGGGAGCUGAUGUGGUAGCCGGAGCAGCCUCGUCUGCGGCCGCUGAUCACAUGCUUCUCAAUGUCGAGACUAUAUCGAAUUUCUCACAGAUCAGCGACCUUGUUGCGGCCACACGUCUAGAACGUGUUGACUCGAAUGCCACGGACUUGCGAAGCUUGGGCAGUCUUGGCUAUCUGCUGGACCAGCCGGACGAAGGCGCUUCAAAUUCGCAACACAGCAUUCCCCACAUGCGUAAGGAGAAUUUUCAGCUGUUGUGGCGCAGUAUCAUAGAGAUCAUGGGUCUGGUCCAGGAUGAAGAGAUGCAAAGGGCUUAUGAGAAUCUCUUGGAGCUUGGAAACAGCAAUAUUAAAAAGGAGCCCAGCCUGGAGAGCUUUACCCAGCUAAAUAUGGGUGGCGAUGAGCAACCGGAUAGCAAUGGCAAUCCCACCACUCCUGCACCAGAACCCAUUGGCACUACCCGUCUAUUUGUGGCUCUAGAAGAGGAGCUUCGUCAGGCGAGCGGAAAGUCCAGGACCACAACAACAAGCAGUGGGGACAGCAGCAGCACUAACAUCUCCGAAUCCUGGCACAUAUCUAUUACCCAGUUUAUCGCCACGGUUCUGACUGUCAACAGCAUUGUAAGAGGUUUCCAAACACCAAUCCAAAUAAGCGAACAGAUCGAGCAAUUGCAAAAGAAGCGUCGCAAGUGUCUGUCCACCAAUUACUGAAUAAUCAUAGUCCCAUCCCUGCCCUAUGUCCUGUCCCCCCACAAAACUGUAUUAGCCAUAUUCUAUGAGAACCUGACCGAUUCUUUAUCCUUGUGCAAUGCGACAAGCUUUUAAACGUAUCCAUGUUAUAUGUAUGUAUAUUGUAUUGCCUCUACCAUUAAGUUAAGACAAUUGUUUGUGAAUAUAAUUCUAUUAUUCCUAUUAUACAACGCAGUCACAUAUAAAAAAUUAUCGAUGCGGGAUUUUUGUGUACAUAUUUUAUGUACUUUUCGGGUGACAUUUCCCGAAUGGACACUUCGUAGGUUUCAUACUUUUAGAGGUUUAAAUGUAACAACAAUAAUAUAAACUCAUUUCAGAAGUUAUUCGCACUGUCCAUCGAUCACUUAUUUAUCCAUCCAUUUGCACACACCUCUACUCUUCCAUGGCCACUUGCUGCGAGCUCCUCCUGUUUGCCGACGCAUGUUGUCGCUCGUGCUCCGCCGUUCGCACCAGACACUCUUCGUAGGUCCAUUUGGGGAAGACUCUCUUGUACAGGUACAUGAAAGCAGUGUCGUAGGAUCGCAACUGCCCAUCAAAGUAGCACUUCAUGUGGCCGUGCGUGCCCAGUGACUCCUUAAUGUGUCCCAGCCGUCCGCACUUGGUUCUUAGUUUCACAGGCUUGAAGUACUCCAC